UUUAUAUAUAUUUUUUUUUGGUUUAGUUCUGUGAAUUAUUAUUUUUUUUUUUUCAUAAAUAAUUUUUUGCUGUGUAAGAAAAAUAUGGGUAGUGAAGGAGGCCAAGCUUGUGCAGCAUGUAAGCAUCAGAGAAGAAAGUGCCAUAAGAAUUGUCUAUUAGCUCCUUAUUUCCCAUCUACUAGAUAUCAAGAUUUUAUGAAUGCCCACAAGCUCUUUGGUGUGAGCAAUAUCACGAAGAUCUUGAAUCAAAUCCAGCCUGACAAGAGAAGUGAAGCCAUCAAAUCGAUACUGAUAGAGUCCAAGGCAAGGAAGGAUGAUCCUAUGAAAGGUAUUGUGGGUAUCAUCGACAAGCUCAGAUAUCAAAUACAACUUUGUGAGGAGGAGCUUGCUUUUGUUAACCAAAAGCUUUCUCAUUACCGGCAAAUAGAACAAUUACAAAGCAAUCAGGAACUGCUACCGUUCUUAGCUUCAUCUUCUUCAUCAACAUCUGCACCAUUGUUGCAGCAAUUGGAUGAUCACUACUACUAUCAGAUGACUGAUUUAUAUGAUUCAGACAAUAUUGAAUCAUAUACUACUGAAAGAAUGGAAGAAUUAAAUCAAGGAUUCACUUAUAUUUCAACUUCGCAAGAAAAUUUGCAAGAAAAUAGAGAUGUGAAGCCUUUGGAUGCCAAAAUCACUUCGCGGAUGAUUGAUACUUGUCAGCUUAAAAGGGAACCUAUUAACUUCGAAGAUGGGAGAAUCAGCUGAACAUAUUAACUUCGAAUAUGGGAGAAUCCAGUGUUGAAGUUAUACACUAAGAAGCAGCUAGCCAACUGAGGAUCUUGCUACUGAGGAAGAGUUAAGGAACGUGGUCAAGGAUUUUUUUCUGUCACCAACAUGAUCCACCAAGAAGAGAAAUAAUGCACCAACAACCACUCACUGUUCAAUCUUGUAAGAUAUGAAUGAUAAAUGUACCAGAUGAUGUAAAAAGAAAUUUAUUUAAAUUUUUGUCAACCACUAUAUUUGUAGUUCUAUACAUUUUCAUUUUUACUCAAUAAAAGUGAUUUGAUACU